CUUCCAAACAACUUUUUUUUGAGCUGCUCAUUUUUUUUUCACCAAUGAACCCGGAAUAAUUUGAGAUUACAAUGAGCUCUCUUGAGCUUCUCCAUUUCCUUCGCCCUUACGCCAUACAACCGCUCUCAAUCAAAAAGACCGCUUACCUCCGUGUAUACCAUUGCGUUCGCCAUGGCGGGCUAGCCAGUCGGUCGGACCGGAAGAGCUUUACAACGUCCUUAAAGAGGAGGCAUGACAAGAAGGAUGACAUAGCCGUGGCGGAAGAUUCCCACGCAGCUCGUUCCCAUGCAAUUUCCUUGCGGAUCCAGGAGCUGAGUCUGGCGGGUGCUCUGGCGUAUCCCCGGAUCCAAAGCUGUGGCGGUCACAUGAGGAUACCCGCCUUCAGAGCGAAGUACAAGGACGUCUCCCUUGACUCUCCGGGCCAGGAGGAGGUUGUCUUGCGUGGACGACUCCAAUCCAUCCGCCGUGCGAGCUCCAAGCUGGUAUUUCUGGACUUGAUGGGCGAAUUCGAGCACGUACAAGGACUCUGUAACUUUCGCAAGCUGGAACCGUCAGGAGCCACCCUGGAUCGCUUCAAGGCCCUCUCCAAGUUGUUGAAGCGGGGAGACGUCGUUUCCAUCACUGGAAAGGCCCUCCGAACUCCAACCGGUGAGCUGACAAUAGAGGCGACGUCUCUCCCAGAGCUCCUCUCGCCGAGCCUGGUCCCUCUGCCAGUCAAACUGGCUGAUGAGGACACCAGGAUCCAGCAUCGCCAUAUCGACCUCCUGGUAAAUCGUCCCACUGCAGAUGUGCUGCGAUUACGGUCGUAUAUCAUCAAAUACAUGCGUGACUUCUUUCACGAGAAAGACUUCCUCGAGUUCCAGACGCCGAUCCUCGCCGAGAAUGCAGGCGGUGCUGUGGCUCGGCCGUUUGUCACGGCCUCGACGGAAUUCAACUCGAAGGAGCUUUCCCUCCGCAUAGCGCCCGAGUUGUGGCUGAAGAGGCUUGUCGUAGGGGGCGUAGAGAAGGUGUUUGAGAUAGGGCCGGCCUUCAGAAACGAAGGCAUCGACUCGUCGCAUAACCCUGAGUUCACCAUGUGCGAGUCCUACAACGCGUUUGCCAACCUCUCCGAUUUGAUCAGUCAGACCGAGAAGCUGGUCUCGGGUCUCGCGGAGCACUGCCAGGGGCUCAUCUCGGCAAAGCUCACCUCCCUCCCACCCGUGGAUCUCGGCCGAUACGCGCGGCCUUACAGGCAGGUCGAGUUCAUCCCAGCCCUCGAAUCGGCCCUGGGCUUCCGCCUUCCCGACCUCGCCGCCGCCGACGCCCCCCAGCGGCUCCGCGCGCUCUUGACGGCGCACGGCAUCCCCCUGCCGGCGGAGGACUCGCCGGGCCUCGCCAAGCUCCUCGACAAGCUCGCCGGGACGUACCUCGAGCCGGGCUCGGCGGACGCGCCCCUCUUCAUCACCCACCACCCGGCCUGCAUGUCGCCGCUGUCAAAGGGCUUCACCUGCCCGCGGACGGGCCAGCUCGUGUCUGCGCGCGCCGAGCUCUUCGUCGCCGGCCGCGAGCUGGCCAACAUGUACGAGGAGGAGAACGACCCGUUUGCGCAGCGGCGCAAGUUCCUCGACCAGGCCCAGGCCCAGACCAGCCAACAACAGCAACACCGGGACCGGGACUCGGAGCCGUCUGCGUCUCCGGAUGGCGACGAAGACGGCGGCGGCGGCGGUUUGGUUGUCGACGAGAGCUACGUCCAGGCCCUCGAGUCCGGCCUGCCGCCCACGGGCGGCUGGGGCUGCGGCGUCGACAGGCUGGUCAUGCUCUUCUCCGGGUCGAGGCGCAUCGGCGACUGCCUGAGCUUCGGGACCCUGAGGAAUGUCGUCGGGCUGUCGGCCGGGGCUAGGAAGACUGGGGGGGAGACCUCCUGA